AUGGCGGACGCCAACCGGGACUCCCAGCCGGGGUACCACUACCGCGAUGAGAGGGGCGGCAAGUACUGCCGCGACGACGCCGUGGGCCACUGGUCUUUCACGGGCUGCCUGGUGAUGCUGGCGUACCUCGCGGCUGCCGCCUAUUACUUCUACGUGCGGAUCGAGUACACGAUGGACGUGGGGUGGAUGUGGUACGCCUACCUGUUCCUGGUCUUGGAGCUCACCGGGUCGGCGUCCAUCAUAGGGUAUGCACUCAUACUGAUGCGCACGGUGUCGGUGAAGCCAAGGAGGGACGCGCCGACGAUCCAGAACGACUACGUGGUGCGCGUCUUCGUGCCGUGCUACAAGGAGGACCUGGAGAUCGUGCAGGCGACGGUAAUGGCGGCCAUCGAUGCCGAGCUGCCGCCCAACUGCACGAAGCACGUGUACCUGUGCGACGACGGCCGGGAUCCCGCCAAGCAGACGUGGUGCGAGGAGAUCUCGCGGCGGUGGAGCGAGGGCUGGCUGCACUACUGCCGGCGGCCGCGCACCAAGGGCGAGCUCAAUGGCAAGGCCGCCAACCUCAACUUCACGCUCAGGCGCAUCUACGAGUCGUCAGCGUCGCGGUACUCGCGGACGACGGGCUUCCGGCGGGCGCACGGCGCGGAGCAGGACCCGGAGGCGCGGGACAUGUUCCUGAACGAGGUGGUCGCGGUGUUUGACGCGGACAUGGUCUGCAAGAGCAAGUUCUUCAUGAAGACGCUGCCAAUCCUGGACACCUGCGACAUGGUGCUCACGCCGCAGUGGUUCUACAACGUGCCCUUGAUGGCGGAUAUUUUUAACCACGCCAACCUGCACCUGUGGGAGUACAUGCUGCCGUCCAUGGACGGCUGGGGCUGCCUGAGCUGCACGGGCACCAACUUUGUGAUCCGGGCGUCAGCGCUGUCGGGGGUGGGCUACUUCCCGACCUACACGGUCACGGAGGACUACGCGCUGUCCUUGGAGCUGGGGCGGCACGGCUACAAGACCCGGUACCUGCCGGAGUACCUGGCGGAGGGCGAGGCGCCCGAGGAGGUGUCGAACAUUUUCAAGCAGAGGCACAGAUGGUGCACGGGCCACCUGCAGGUCUUCUUUGGAAAGAGGAACCCGAUAUUCUACCCCGGCCUGUCAUUGAAGAUGCGGGUAAUGUACAGCCUGGGCGCCUACUCUUACAUGUGCGCCGCCUUCCUCACGCCGCUCUUCCUCCUGGCCCCAAUCCUCGCCAUCUGGUUCGGCAUCUUCCCAAUCGACCUCAACAGGCACUACCCCCUGGCGUUCACCAUCUACUACGGCAUGACUCUGUUCACGGUGUACUACUCGCGCACCCUGAAGCACCUCAUCUUCUUGUGGUUCGCGAGCAACGCCAACCUGGUCCUGUGGUACACCUACGCCAACGCCACCCUCAGCGUGUUCAUGAGCCUGCUGUCUUGCGGGAGAAAGAAGAUCAAAUUCGAGGUCACCGACAAGACGGGCCCCUCCGCGCGCAAGGGCAUGACCUCCUCCAUGUCCACCAGCUCCCUCACCUCCAUGGUCUCGUCCGGCUCGCUGGCCGGCCUCUCCUACAACAACCCGGACAGCGACCCAGUUCGCCGCCACGCCUCCUCCUGCGGCUCCCUGGCCGACAUGCCCGACACGCCCACCAACGGCGCCAACGGCCGCGAGUCGCCCGCUUUCGCCGACGAGCCCAAGCGCCUGCACAUCAGCAUCCCCGUCCAUCCAAUCGACCCUCUCGAUGAGACGAAGAAGCCCCUGCUGCCCGUUUCAGAGACGCGCGCCUCCGCGCCCCCCCGCCGAUCCGGCUGCACCGGCUGCGUGUGUUCGAUCUACGAGUUCUUCCGCGACACCUGGGUGGCCCUGAUCACCCUGGCACUGUGCGUGGGGUCCAUCUACGCCGGGAUAUGGCUGGGUCUGGGAGACCGCCACACCGUGCACAUCCAGAUGGUUAGCAUCCUGUGGUGCGGCUACAACGCGAUCGCUCCCUUCCUGGUCAUCUACUACGCGCUGUUCAACUUCCGCGGCCUGCGCGGUGUGUGCUGCCUGAUGGCCGGGUUCUCGAUCGUCGCCCUGGUGGCCGUGCUGUACUCCCUGCACGUUUACUACCGCGACGUGUACGACUACACGGAGGUGCUGGACAAGUCGCUGUGGUUCUACGAGGCGCAGCGGUCGGGCCUGCUGCCCGCCAGCAACCGGGUGCCCUGGCGGGGCGACUCAGGGCUCUUCGACUUUGCGCCCAGCGGCACCGAUCUCAUCGGAGGCUAUUACGACGCCGGGGACACCAUCAAGUUCGGUCUGCCGGCCGCCGUGUCGAUGUCAUUCCUUGCUUGGGGGAUGAUCGAAUUUCCGAGUUCGUUCGCGGAUGCCGGCCAGAAAAAGCACAUGCAGGCGACGCUGAAGUGGGGCACGGACUAUUUCAUCAAGGCGCACACGGGGCCGGAGGAAUUCGUGGCCCAGGUGGGCAACGGCACUUGGGAACACACCGCCAAGUGGGGCAGGCCGGAGGACGUACUCGCGGAGGGGCAACCCGGGGUGCCGCGGGUGGGCUGGGUGGUGAACGCGACCAACCCGGGGUCGGACGUCGUGGGGUCGACUGCUGCCGCAAUGGCUGCCACGGCAGUGGUGUUCAAAUCUGUGGACACCACUUACUCCCACCUGCUGCUAAAGCAUGCCAAGGAGCUCUACGCGUUUGGCGUCAAAAGGCAGGGCCUGUAUUCUGAUUCUAUCAUAGAUGCACAGAAUUUCUACAACUCAACCACCUACCAUGACGAUCUGGCCUGGGGAGCCAUGUGGCUGCACUACGCAACAGGCGAAGAAAAGUACCUGAAGGACGCCGAGAAACAUAUCAAGCCCCUCAUUGCCCACCUGCCCUACACCACCAACUGGGACAACGUCGGGCACGCGGUGGUGCUGUUGCUGCACAGGGCUUAUCCCCACAAUACCGUUUACAAGAACAGCAUGGAAAAGCUCAUGGACAGGUGGAUCUUUGAGUUCCAGUAUACACCCAAGAAGUUGGCCUGGGCUACCCCGUGGGGACCCGACCGGGAGGCUGCCAACACUGCCAUGAUCGCCAUGAUUUAUGCAGACGCCGUGGAGAAACAGGGUGGUUCAGCAGCAAAGUAUGGCGCCUAUCGAUGCUGGGCAAUGUUCCAGAUCCGCUUCAUGCUGGGCGAGUAUGGCAGGAGCCUGGUAACAGGCUUCGGCUACAAUCCCCCCACCCACGUGCACCACAUGGCCGCCUCCUGCCCUGACCUGCCCUCUCCCUGUGGCUGGGCCCAAUUCCACUCGAACGCCUCCAACCCACAGACCCUGUAUGGCGCUCUUGUGGGCGGGCCCGACCUCGAUGGCGUGUACAAUGAUACUCGGGACAACUAUGUUCAGAACGAGGUGUCUCUCGACUAUAACGCCGGGUUCACGGGCGCUGUGGCGGGCGUGAUGAAGAUGGACAGCUAUGGGAAGUGCUACUGGGGCGGGGGCGUGUUCCGCUUCUUCAAAGCAGUGGCUCUGUAG